AUGCAGCGGAGCGCACGUCGGACGUGGGAGGACAGGAAUACACGGAAAGCCUACGCUCUACUAAAACAGUAUAGCGGCAAAAUGAAAAAAUGUUCCCAUGUCCUCAACGCUGCUAAUGGGGUAGCUGUCGGUGAAGCAACCCUUCCAAUUUGGAAGGAACACUUCAAGAUCUUGCUGAACCGGCUAGCACCGUCAGCUCCUGAACUCGAACACGUUCAUAGACCGACAUAUGCGGUUAACGAGGAGCCACCGAUCGAGUCGGAGGUUCUGGUCUGUAUUCAGAAAAUGAAGAAUGGAAAAUCUGAUGGAGACGACGGGAUUAGCGCAGAAAUGCUAAAAUAUCUUCCUCCGUCUGGGAUACGUGAGAUGACAAAGAUCAUCCGUUCAAUAUGA